UGCAAUCUUGCCUCCGGAUCAAGAACACAGACAACAACAAAGAAAGGUUUUAGUUAGUGGGACAUCGGUUGCGGUGUCACUUGUGGAGUUGUGACAGCGGAAGGAGUCUGACGGUUGUCGAGUUUAUCACCGCAGAUUUGGACCGAGAUGAGAUAGAGUCCAGCUCGUUGUUCGUCGCCCUGUCAGGACACAGCUGUCUCUCCUUUUUUAUAUUUCAUCUCUGCUUGUGCCACUUCUUCUUAAUAACUCGCUUGUUAUCACUUGGACGGUUUUCACCUAUUUAUUCUGGACUAGAAAACAGCGGGCGAACUUUUUUCUCAGAGACGUCUUUUUCAAAGCAGGAAACGAUGUGAGUUUUCUCUGGAUAAAACAUCUGCAACCGAGCCGUUCAAACCAAGACUAAAGCGAUUUACUCAGUCUAGAAAUGGAGCCAGUUGUAUUUUAAACAUAUCUUGUGACCAAAACUUUGGCCACGGAGGUACAUUUGAAGCUGACAUUGAUAUGGAAGACGAGCGGCGCUCCCAUCUGUCACGUUAAACGGAGAGCAGAAAACAGAGAUGGCAAGCUCUGCUCUGCUUACAGUGUUGUUAGCUGGGGCAUUUCUAUGGAUCUCUGCUAUCCACGCAGAUUCCGAAGAUGAUGGAAAGCUGGUGUGUACAUGCGAGAAUGAGAAAAGCACAUGUGUGAAUGGAACCUGCAGAGGAGACAUCUGCUUCUACACCAAGCUGCCCGAGUACGAGGAGUGGGGUUGUUUCUCUGAAAAGAAUAGACGGGAGAAUUGCAUGACCUCCUUCACGGGCUUCCAUAUUUACUGCUGCUUAGAGAACUACUGUAACACCGACGCUACACCACCUCCAGGUUUUGACGGAGUAACAACAGCGACGCCCUCAGAGCUCCCCCCUCCAGGCCUUUGGAUCACUGUGUCUUUGUUGCUGUUAAUCAUGACUGUUAGUGUGUGUGGCCUUGUGCUGUUCCUGUGCUUCCGGCGUGCCCACUGCAGACUGAGAAAUGCUGAGGACCAUGACGUCACCAUGCUCAAAGUCCCUAGUGGAGAUGACCCCACAUACGGCGAUAUCUUUGAUGAGUUUUGUACAUCAGGGAGCGGGACAGGGCUGCCCUAUCUGGUUCAAAGGACUAUGGCCAGACAGAUCUCACUCGUCGAGUGUGUUGGUAAAGGCAGGUAUGGAGAGGUGUGGAGAGGAACUUGGAUGGGGGAGAGUGUGGCAGUCAAGAUCUUCUCCUCUAGGGACGAGCAGUCCUGGUUCAGAGAGACAGAGAUCUACAAUACUGUGCAGCUGCGACACGACAACAUACUGGGUUUCAUAGCCUCUGACAUGACAUCCAAGAAUUCCAGCACCCAGCUGUGGCUCGUCACCCACUUUCAUGAGCUGGGUUCACUCUACGACUUCUUGCAGUACAGCAGCUUGGAGCCUGAGAGCUGCCUGAGGAUGUGCUUGUCUGUGGCCUGCGGGCUGGUCCACCUCCAUACUGAGAUUGUCAGCUCCCAGGGCAAACCAGCUAUUGCCCACCGAGACCUGAAAAGCCGAAACAUCCUGGUAAAGCGGAACGGACAGUGCUGCAUCGCUGACCUAGGUUUGGCUGUGAUACACUCUCAGUCCAAUGACUACCUCGAUGUGGGCAACAACCCUCGUGUGGGGACUAAGCGCUACAUGGCCCCUGAGGUGCUGGAUGAGAGUAUACGUACAGAUGUCUUUGAGUCCUACAAGCAAACUGACAUCUGGGCCCUGGGUCUCGUUUUCUGGGAAAUUUCACGCAGGACCAUUGUCAAUGGGAUUGUUGAAGAGUACCGUCCACCGUUCUUUGACCUGGUGCCCUCAGAUCCCAGCUUUGAGGAGAUGAAGAAGGUGGUAUGUGUGGACCAGCAGAGGCCCAGUUUGCACAACAGGCUUCAAUCCCAUUCGAUCCUGACGGCCAUUGUGAAAAUCAUGAAGGAGUGUUGGUUUCAGAACGCUCCAGCCCGCCUCACAGCCCUGCGGGUGAAGAAGACGCUCUCCAAACUGGACCAUGACAGCGACUUCAGCAUCGAGAAACUCAAACAGGACAUCUAGACUGGAGCACCAAUGAAACAGGACCAAAAGAUUGAAACAGCUUGAAGGGAUUUUGCACCACAUUCCUACAGUAUUAGGUGCAUAUCAUUAGCAUAUUUUGAACUAAUGACUCACACAGUCACUGCAUUAUAUUAAAACCAUAUGACAUUGAGCAGUAGCGUCUAGACUCUCCUGCACCCAAGGCCAUUUUCUUUGUUUAGCCCAAUUUUCCUCUCCCAUAUUUCAGGUGCCAUAAACCAAGAGGCCCCUAAAAGAACUAAAAACUAAUGAGACCAAAAAUGCCUUUUCAACUGCAAAAAGCUUUCUUUGGUCUCUCUACACACACAGUGUUGUAUUCAUUAUUGUGUAAACAUAGUGUGAUUACUGAUCCUCUUGGACAAGAGGAAGUAUAACAUGUCUUACUGGACUUUCUCUUAAAUUAAAUUGCACUUGUGGGUUUCCCCAUAAUGACCAAAGCCACAGUAAAGCAAGCAGGAAGACCCUGGUUUCACUAUAACUACAGGAAACAUGUAAGUAACAACAUGCUCAUACAGUAAUAUCACUUGUUCUCUAAGCAUACUUAACUGUUAUAAAAAUGAGCAUUUAUCAUUUGCACAUAGACACAAUCAUCUAUUUAGUUGUACAUAUUCUAACUGAGGCCAUUGUCUUAAAUCACCAUUGGGUUUGUUGUAAAUAUUUAACCCAUUUAAAAAUUGGGUAUUAUUUUCUAUUAUUCAACAAAGAGACACACUUUAUAUACUUUUUUACGACACAACUUUUAAAAUAUUUUUCUACAUUUCCUAAUGGCCUAAAUUGUACCAUCACCAUCCACAAUCACAAUUAAAAUAAUUGACAUGUAAUAUUGCAUAUGUUGAAUAAAGGAUUGUAUUUUUCAAAUGUUUGGGGCUGUAAAUUCUGAUUUGUAUGACAUAUGGAUGCAUUCCUCUCAUUGGCCAGUAGAGGUCAUCAGAUUAUAGACAAACAGAUAUUCAUGUUGCUUACAGUAUAGUGCACUUACCUUGAAAGGUUUACAGUUUUAUCAGUUUGGAUGGAUAACCUUGAGUGUUUUUUUUGUUCUUAAAUCAUCUUGAAAUUAUUUAACAAAAAAUAAAAAGCAAAAUUUCACCAAACCACUUAAGUAAGAUGUAACCAAUGGGGCUGAUUAUUUUACAUGACCUGCUGUUUAUAUUUCCUAAUAUCUAACAGUCAUGAAGUCCUAUGUUCAUUUGUAUGAAAUUCACCAUGUUCAUUAAGAUCAGCAUUUUCUCCCAGUCACACUCUCACACUCAGCUUAUAGUAAAGUUAAAAUAUAAAUGCAAGAAUGUAGGACAAACCUGACUAAAUGGGGACUUCAAAUGAAUAAACCUGUUUUUAAAAAAGCUCAUCUAUUUAUUCUUCUGCUCAGUAGUUACUGGUGUAAUGUUCUACAUACAUUGAAAGUGCUAAUAAAAUCUCAUAUUUG